GCACGGAUCACAUUAUACAACCACGGCAGUGAGUGGAGAUACUAGCUAACAGCCGAGCAGCAAGUACGCACCACAUCGUACCAUUCCUAGACAAGAGCAUGGCUCCGGCGAUCGCCGCCAAGCCUCUCCUCAGUGAUCUGGUGGCACAAACCCGGCGAGUUCCGUCGAGCCACAUCAGAGCGGUCGGAGACCGUCCGGACCUCGCCAAUGUCGACCACGAGUCCGGCGCGGGCAUUCCGCUCAUCGACCUGAAGCACCUCGACGGGCCAGGGCGUCGCAGGGUCGUCGAGGCCAUCGGCUCGGCGUGCGAGAACGACGGUUUUUUCAUGGUGACGAACCACGGCAUCCCGGAGGCGGUCGUGGACGGGAUGCUGCGCGUGGCGAGGGAGUUCUUCCACCUGCCGGAGUCUGAACGGCUCAAGUGCUACUCAGACGACCCCAAGAAGGCGAUCCGGCUGUCCACGAGCUUCAACGUGCGCACGGAGAAGGUGAGCAACUGGCGCGAUUUCCUCCGCCUGCAUUGCUACCCUCUCGAGAGCUUCAUCGACCAGUGGCCCUCAAACCCGCCGGCCUUCAGGGAAGCAGUCGGCACCUACUCGACGGAGGCGAGAGCGCUGGCGCUCAGGCUGCUGGAGGCGAUAUCGGAGAGCCUUGGGCUCGAGAGAGGCCACAUGGUGAAGGCCAUGGGGCGGCACGCGCAGCACAUGGCGGUGAACUACUACCCGCCGUGCCCGCAGCCGGAGCUGACGUACGGACUGCCGGGCCACAAGGACCCCAAUGCCGUCACGCUGCUCCUCCAGGACGGCGUGUCCGGGCUUCAGGUCCGGCGCGACGGCCGCUGGGUCGCCGUCAACCCCGUGCCCGGCGCGUUGGUCAUCAACAUCGGCGAUCAACUGCAGGCUCUGAGCAACGACCGAUACAAGAGCGUACUUCACCGGGUGAUUGUGAACAGCGAGAGCGAGAGGAUCUCGGUGCCGACGUUCUACUGCCCGUCCCCGGACGCGGUGGUCGCGCCGGCGGAGGCGCUGGUGGACGGCGGCCACCGUCUGGCCUAUCGGCCCUUCACCUACCAGGAGUACUACGAGGAGUUCUGGAACAUGGGCCUCGAGGCCGCCAGCUGCCUCGACCGCUUCCGACCGAUCGCGUGAUGGACCGUCCGGGCUGGCUGUGGGCAACAAAAUCUCACCGGCCACAAACGUUGCUGCUACGGAUGUGUCGCCAUACGGGAAGGCCUCUGAAAGACGCCCGGAGCCGUCGGAUAUUUAGUAGUUUCGGAUGGCUAAGAUCGGGGUGCACGGGACGAUUUCCUCAGUACGAGCUUCACUUCUCCGUGACCUUGACACUGGAGAUACGACCGGUGCUUUUAUAAAAGAGAUGUUACCGGUAUUUGACGCAAGGAUAACUUGUGGCCGUCCAUCGAGCUGUCUACUACAAGUGCGUGGAACUUUACUACUCCCUCCGUUUCUGUUUAUAAGUCCGACACGUGUAUCUAGGUUGUCAAUUUGAUCAACUUAAUGAGAGACAUAUAUUAUAAAAAAAUAUAUUAUUAAAAACUUUAGAUGUUCUAUUUUUUAAUGAUAUAAUUUUUAUGUUAAACAAUAUAUCUUUUCUUUA